AUGGCCACCAAUAUCUCGCAACAAAAGCGCCGCUGCGGUGUCCUGGGCGCCACCGGCUCCGUAGGCCAACGCUUCAUUCUCCUCCUAGCCAACCAUCCCACCCUCUCAUUGCAAGCUGUGGGCGCCUCCUCGCGCUCCGCCGGCAAAGCCUACAAAGAUGCCGUGCGAUGGAAGCAGCAGCGGCCGAUGUCGAAAGACUUGGGUAACCUGGUGGUGCGUGAAUGCAAGGCCAGCGACUUCUCCGAUUGCGACCUCGUGUUCUCCGGCCUAGACAGCGAUGUGGCGGGCGACGUCGAGAUGGAGUUCAUCAAAGCCGACAUCCCAGUCUUCUCCAACGCGAAGAACUACCGACGGCACCCUCAAGUGCCGCUUGUAGUGCCGACAGUAAAUCUGCACCACCUCGACCUAGUCCCCCAUCAGCGGAAGGAGUUUGGUCUGAAGAAGGGCUUCCUGGUGUGCAAUUCCAACUGCGCCGUCAUCGGCAUUGUGAUUCCUUUUGCGGCGCUGCAGGCACGGUUUGGCCCGGUGGAGGACGUCGAGGUGUUCACGGAGCAGGCGGUGUCCGGCGCUGGCUAUCCCGGCGUGCCAAGCAUGGACAUCUUCGACAACGUGGUGCCAUACAUCGCAGGCGAGGAGGACAAACUAGAGACCGAAGCCCAGAAAAUCCUCGGCACGAUGAACGCCGACGCCACAGCCUUCGAAGAGCAAAAGGGCCUGACUGUCGGCGCCACCUGCACGAGAGUAGGCGUUACAGAUGGGCACAUGGCCUUUGUGUCCCUACGGUUCCAGAACCGCCCGGGGCCCAGCGCGGAGGAGGUCAAGGCCGCGUUGCGCGAGUACGUGGCGGAAGCACAGAAGCUGGGCUGCCCCUCGGCGCCGGAACAGGCGAUCGUGGUCUUCGACGAGCCCGACCGCCCACAGCCGCGCCUCGACCGCGACAUCUCGGGCGGCUACGCCGUGUCGGUCGGCCGGGUGCGCGAAACAAACAAGGGCUCGCACUUUGACAUACGCUUCGCGUGUCUCAGCCACAACACCGUCAUCGGUGCCGCCGGCUCGUCGAUAUUGAACGCCGAGGCGGCUAUCAUCAAGGGCUUCCUAUAG